AGUUCAGAUAUGUUCACCGGAAAUUGAAUACAGGUCUAACUCGUAAAUUAUCCAUAUAUAAUCACACGACAAUAGCCCGUCUCGCCGAAGAUAUCUUUGGUACAUUUCUUAGUAAGGCAUUGUGCGAAUUCGCAGUCCUUGGUAGCAAAAUGGUAACAUUUGAGGUGUUUUUUGGGUGAAGACUGCCACUGUUGUCAGUGGUGCUCUCACUCAAUAAGCCGCAGCAUAUCACCACCGUCUCAGGCUCAGGAUUGCACGGCUCCACCGCGCCCGAACUCCCCACCUCCCACCACCAUGGCCGCCACUGCUCUCCUCCUCCGCAUCCACCACCACCCCUGUAAGCCGCAGCCGCCGUGCGCGCCCGUCUUCUGCCGCGCCACGACGUCGGCGGGGGCGGCCGCGGCCGCGGCGCUGCGGUCGCUGGCCCCGGCGGCGCGACCGGAGCUGCUGUCCCUCGACCUGCCCCGCUACGACCCGGCGCGGUCCCGCCCCGUGGACCUCGCCGUGGUUGGCGGCGGGCCUGCGGGACUCGCGGUGGCCCAGCGCGUGGCGGAGGCGGGCCUCUCGGUGUGCGCCAUCGACCCGUUACCUGCACUCGUGUGGCCCAACAACUACGGCGUGUGGGUGGACGAGUUCGAGGCCAUGGGCCUCUCCCACUGCCUCGACGCCGUCUGGCCGUCGGCCUCCGUCUUCAUCGACGAUCGCCGCGCCAAGUCGCUCGACCGGCCCUACGCCCGCGUCGCGCGCCGCAAGCUCAAGUCCACCAUGAUGGAGCGCUGCGUCGCCAACGGCGUCGUCUUCCACCAGGCCAAGGUCGCCAAGGCCGUCCACUACGAGGACUCCUCCCUCCUCAUCUGCGACGACGGCGUCACCGUCCAGGCGACCGUCGUCCUCGACGCCACGGGGUUCUCACGCUGCCUCGUGCAGUACGACAAGCCCUACAACCCAGGGUACCAGGUCGCGUACGGCAUCCUCGCCGAGGUCGACGGGCACCCGUUCGACAUCGACAAGAUGCUCUUCAUGGACUGGCGCGACUCCCACCUGCCCGAGGGAUCGGAGAUCAAGGAGCGCAACCGCCGCAUUCCCACGUUCCUCUACGCCAUGCCCUUCUCGCCCAACAAGAUCUUCCUCGAGGAGACGUCGCUGGUCGCGCGCCCGGGGCUCGUCAUGGACGACAUCCAGGAGCGCAUGGCUGCGCGCCUGCGGCACCUGGGGAUACGCGUCCGGAGCGUCGAGGAGGACGAACGCUGCGUGAUACCCAUGGGCGGACCGCUGCCCGUGCUGCCACAGAGGGUGGUCGGCAUCGGCGGUACGGCAGGGAUGGUGCACCCGUCCACGGGGUACAUGGUGGCGCGCACGCUGGCGACGGCUCCCAUCGUGGCGGAGUCCAUCGUGCGGUUUCUUGACACCGGCAGUGGCACGGGCGGCAUUGUUGGGGACGCGCUCACCGCCGAGGUGUGGAAGGAGCUGUGGCCUGCCAACAGGCGGCGACAGAGGGAGUUCUUCUGCUUUGGCAUGGACAUCCUGCUCAAGCUGGACCUUGACGGGACGCGGCGGUUCUUCGACGCCUUCUUCGACCUCGAGCCACACUACUGGCAUGGCUUCCUGUCGUCCAGGCUGUUCCUGCCGGAGCUCUUGAUGUUCGGGCUCUCGCUGUUCGGCAAUGCCUCGAACACGUCGAGGCUGGAGAUCAUGGCCAAGGGCACCGUGCCUCUUGCCAAGAUGAUUGGCAACUUGAUACAAGACAGAGAUAGCUGAGGGCUUAGGAGGGUAUGUAUCUGCAUUUCUCACCUGAAGAUCUCCAUUGGAUCUCUGAUUUUGGCAUUGCUGCUGCUCAGUGUAUUUAAGAUUUGCAAAGAAGGAUUUACAAAACACCAUUAGCAACAGCAGUUUAGGACCUUCUGGGAGAGAUAACAAUAGCUGCUGGAACAUUACUUAGUUCGGUGAUUACAGUCACACUGAAGGCUGUAUAGUUGCAUACUGAGGGAUUUUAUGACACUCCCAUGUAUCAGAUGUCAUGGUCUCCAAACAUAGGCCAAAUUUCCGGCAAAACAUGAAACUGGCAGUUGUGUAUUAUGAUAUCCUGUUCUUCGUGUUUCGGGAAUUUAGUGAAGAACAGUAGGUACGAAUUGGAGUGAACUGCGAUGGUAACGAUUCAUACUGUAUGGAUCGAAACCAAAGAAAGUUAUCCUGUAUAUGUAAAUGGCUGUAGUGAGGUCUACAGAACCGAGCAUGGAUCAGGUUGCAUUUCUUUUCCCUCUUCUCUACCAAUAACCAGCUAUACACCACCAUUGAUAUGAGUCUCAGUUUAGAUCCAGCAGUAAGUAUACUGACUGGAAAACGAAAGGGAUGUAGAAGAAUGAACAAAGUUGAACAAUCAGUACCAAAAUUAUCUC